CCAGCUCGCUUCGCUCGACGCCUCAAAUUAUCUUGUGAGCAAAGAAACAUUAGUGCCUUGGCACUGUCCUCAAAUUAUCUUGUGGGCAAAGAAACAUUAGUACCUUGGCACUGUCCUUUAGAGAUCUACUCCAUAAACUCCAAAGACGUCAGGCUUUCGAUGAAAAGUAUUCGCUCAUUCGUCAGAAUGGUUUGCGUAGCCGAUUAACGUUAGAAUGACCUUGACAAAUAGCCCGUUAAAUAGUGUUGACCACAUUUGCGUGUCUUGCUGACAUUUAGCGACAGGCAGUCUUUAAAAUCCAGACGACAUCCAUCAUGAUGACGUAAAAGUUAAUUAAACUAACCAGAGCCCGGCACACAAUUACUGGUUUCUAGGGGAGUGGCUUGUUGAAAAGGGCGACUGUUAAUUUAGUCUUCUUCACUUCAACUGAUUCCGUUCAAAACUUGUUCAGAGCUUAGCAUCAUGGAGCUGAAUAAAAGUUCAGAAAUUAUCAUUUCGGACCAAAGAGACAUCAGAUUCGAAGGCAAAGAUUCUAAAAUUAGAAUCGUUUCACUAGUGGCACUGGCUGUCGGAGUAAUCUUUCUCGUGGUGGGAAUUGUACUGAUCGUAAUUGCAGUAAAAGAGAAGGAUGAGAAAACGCACGAUCCAAACAUCGAGAAACGAGAGAAUUCUCUGACAAGUGGAUGCGACGAAUCAGAGGAAGCUAAACGAAUUGGUCUCCACGAAUUCCUUCAUCGAGUUAAGGCAACAUAUUAUGAACUUCAUCCUUACGAAAUGUAUUACGACCCAGACGUAAAAGCUGAGAAAGUCAAGGCAAAUUAUGUUGCUUACGAUCCAACACCAGCUGUCAUCAAAACUCGUACGGAUAAGUCUUUGGCUUUGCUGAAAGAAAUCAAGGAGAAAAAGGUCAAUGAAGACGCGUUAAAAUCCCGAGAAAGGAAGGCGCUUGCUCAAGUGAAGCAUUAUCUGCAGCAUACAUUCGGUCAACCAUACGAUGUAAAUUAUUACGCUGGAGAUUGGAUGAUGGGACCGAAUUUGUUCUGCUGGCAGGCAAUCUGCUAUCAUGGGUACGCCGUCUAUGGAGGUCUGGGUACAUACCACAAACCUAACAAUGCAUCCGACGUUGAACUGAUUGAAAAGAAGCUCAAAACUCACAAAGCUGGCAUUUUACAGUAUAUCGAGAACAUGAAGAUGGGAGUUCGCAGAGGAAUGGUCAGAAGUGUAGAGGAGUGCAAAGCUGGUAUAGACUCCAUCGAAUUGGCAUAUUCGGAUGUUUCUGUACACAACGCGACAGGCGUGCUGAAAGCGUGGUUCGCUCAACCCCUGCUGGAUCCAUUAUAUUACAGUGAUAUUACAAAAGAGACCAACAAGAAAUGGAAGGAAGCACACAAAGGAAAGAAUGUCAGCGAAACUGUGAAGGAAUAUUUGGUGAAAUAUCUAGGGGAGCCACUUGAACAGAUGUUGAGAUACAUUGAGGAGGAACACUCACGUCAUUGUGUUCCGAGCAAUGUGUCCAGCGGCUUAGCUUCCCUUCCCCUGAAAUAUGUGUGGAUCGAUGGUAAAGAGAACAAGUCCUGGCCAACGGAACCAAACCUACCCACUGGUGAACCGCUGGAUGGAAAGCUGGCCUAUUCUCAAAUCAUGUCGUUUUUCACAACAAACAAAAUGACGCCCAUGGAGGUUCAUGAACUGGGUAAAAAACAGCUCGAUAUUCUCUAUCCCACGGUGGUUGACGUUGCAAAAGAAAUCACUGGAGAGGAAGACAACCAAACCGCUGUGAAGAAGCUCAGAGAAAUUCUGAACUCAUCUGAGAUUUAUUUCAACUCGGAACCAAUCCCUAAAAACGAGUCUGAUAAAGAAGCACACAGAAAAUGCAGUGACACAGAAGGAGCUAAGAAAUAUUGCCCUAAACGUUGGGCUGCCAUUCAGCUGUGGUUUGCUGAAGCAAGGAAGGCGAUGAGCUUCAUGGAGCCUAAGACCAUUCCACUCUUCUACUUCAAUGGAAACAAAGCUACCACACCCACUUGUCCAGUUGAUUUAUAUCCGGAUCUGAACCCAUCCAGUGCAGCUCAGAGCUAUUACCCUAGCACUCCAGAUUGCACCAGAAGUGCAAAGUACAGAAUUCCGUUUUUCCUGGAAAACCUGGGUCCACGGUACAGUGAAUGGAGCGUCAAUGCACACGAGGCGAGGCCUGGUCAUCACACACAGGUUCAGGGUAACAUAGAACAUUUCCAGGACAGUUGCGGUGGUGUCAUAAGCUGGCUUGAUAGUGUCACCUACUACACUGCGUUUACGGAGGGGUGGGCGUUGUACGCUGAGAAUCCGCUGAUCGCUCAAGAUACGGACACGUACGAGAACGAACCACUCCAGAAGUAUGGCAUGCUUAAGUGGCAGGUGUGGAGAGCUCUUCGGCUGAUUGUGGACACUGGUUUACACUAUGUUGGAUUGUCUCGCGACAAAGCCCUGGAAUACUUCAGUAAAUAUGCAUGGGACGACACGGACGUAGCAAAGAAAGAGGUGACUCGGUACCAGAGCGACCCAGGACAAGCGACCGCUUACAUGAUCGGUCAGUUGGAGAUUACACGACUUAGGAACUAUUGCAAAGAUGAGCUGAGAGAUAAUUUCAGCCUGCGUGAUUUUCAUUAUCAGGUAUUGUCCCAGGGAUCAUCUCCCCUAGCUUACUUAUCUGAUCACGUGAAAAAGUAUGUGGCCUGUAUCAAGGACAAAGGAAAGGAAGGCUGUGACGUCCUCCUUAAUCCACCAAAGAAAAGCACGGACAAGUUAAAGGACAACGAACAGUCAGGAUUCCACUGGGAAAAAACACUUCGAAUCUAUCCGCAUUACAUAUAGUGUACUACUGUUUGCUCCCAGGAUUUUUUUGAAAUGAUUUCGAGCAAGUAACGGAUUAACCGAUUGAUAACUUUUAAUUCCGGCGGAUAAUCAGUUAGGGCAUUUUUUUUUCUUUUGAGAGCUUUUGAGCCUCUGCCAAAUUAUUGUUAAAAGCCAAGCAAAACGGCUUGAAAAAUAACAUUUUGAUCUAAGUUUAGUUACAAAGAGGGUAAAGAACCCUCACAUAGCAGCUCUUAGUAGAUCUUUGCCCUGUGCAAUGAUUUCUGUAACCGCUAUCUUUUAUUUUGUAACACAAAAGAAAAUAAAACA